CACGACACCACCAUGUCAGGCUACCUGAGUAAUCUGCUCACGCACACAACGUCGCGUUACAAUUCUCUGCGCCGAACCCUCCUAUCCAGCGAAGACGACGGCGAUACCGAGGACGACACGCACAUCUGCCGCGUGCUUCGCGCUCACUACACAGAGAAAGGGCGGCCGUAUCCUCCGUGGCUGCCGGCGGAUCCAAAGGAGAAGAAAGCAAAUCCCCAACAGCAGUAUGCGCAACAAGGAGGCUAUGGAAGUUAUCUCACGAGCGCAGGUGGCAGGAGUCCAUACACAGGUGCAGCAGGUCAAGGCGGGUCUCGACCCAGUUCAACGCUGAGUGACCUGUGGGAUCCGCCGUCUGGUGGCCAAAGUACAGCUGCAACACAGCCGCAGAGCUUGCGCAAUGCUCGAAGGCCCACGAGUAACCAGCCCGCUGGUGCCAGUAGUACAAACUUGGCUGCUCCGCAAGCGCGACCACUGCCAUCGCAGCGCACGGGUAGUUAUCAGAGCAUGUCCUCCGAGCAGCUGGGUAGUAGGCCAGGCAGUCGUGUGGAGCUGAGCGCGCCCGCCAGCGGUGGUGGAAGUGCACAAGAAAGGCUAAAGGCACGACUAUGGGGAGGAAAGGGCAAUGCUAGCACUCCAGCUCUGAGCUCUGUCGGCGCGUCAAAUCCCUUCGAUCAGCCCUCAGGCGGAGGGAAUGCCUCUUAUGGGGGUGGUGGCGAUUCGCGACGCUAUGGCAGACAGUGAGCACCACCUCGUAUCAGCAAGCAACUUGGGGCACCUCUCCUGGGCUACGAGAUGAGUGCAAUAGAACAACAGCAGCAGUUUCCUGCAGGCGAAGAGACCAGAUUCUCACAUCCUUGCAAAUUCCCGUGACAUUAGAGAAGCCGUGAUGUGGUUUCUCGUGCGUUCUCCUUGCAGCUCGAUCAUCACGUCGAUCAGGUAUUCACUGACUUUGUGGAUACAUAGAUAAUUAAACAUGAGCAGAAAUCCAACGCAAGCUCUUGAGUCC